AUAUUCGGACCCCGCGACGCGGAGUGGAGGGGACCCUGGCUCGUUCUAGACACUCGAGGCCAGAAAAAGCAAGCGCCGACACGUGCGCUCAACAUCCCACCAGCAGAUCCGCCUCUGAACCUGUCCAUCUGUGAAUCGUCCUUGAAUUCCAACAUUACCGCCCUGUCACUCAUUUGCCCUUUUGGAACGCUCGUCAACAUGAUAAGGAAGAUCCCAAUAACCAUCAUUACCGGCUUUCUUGGUUCAGGAAAAACCACCCUCAUUCUGAACCUGAUACCGCAACUCCCCAAAACGUACAAGCUAGCUCUGCUUAAGAACGAAUUUGGCGAUGUCGCCGUCGACUCGCAACUGGCCACCUCGAGUGCCAUCUCCGGUGUCCAGGAACUCCUCAAUGGCUGCAUCUGCUGCAAUCUCGUUGGACAACUUUCCGAUGCCCUCGAAACCCUAGCCCGAGAUAUCUGGCCCGACCGCAUCGUUAUAGAGACCUCGGGAUCUGCCUUCCCUGCUACGUUGGCCAUGGAAGUGAAUAGGCUGGCGGAAACUACUGGCAAAUACAUCCUAGAUGGUGUCGUCUCAGUCAUCGAUGUCGAGAACUGGAAAGGCUACGAAGACACUUCAAUCACGGCCAAAAUGCAGGCCAAAUACACAGACGUCAUCGUUUUGAAUAAGUGGGAGUUGGUGUCUGAAAGAAGGCUGGAAGAUGUCGAAGACGCCGUAUUGGCCUUGGAAGUCGAUCCCCCAAUCCCUAGAACUAAGAGUGGCAAGGGCUGGGUGAGCAAAGAUAUAAUGUUUGGAUUGGAUGCAAAGCUCGUCAAAGGUCUUUGGGACACCGCUGAAGAUAGUCACGGCCAUGACCAUGAUCAUUCAAGUGAGGUCGAAGUGUUGAGUAUUACGCUGAGCAGCGGUCAGGCCGACAAGGAUGUCGACGUUGAGAAACUUCAAAAGCUUCUAGAAGAGCCUACCAAGGAUGCAAUUUAUCGUAUAAAAGGUAUCAUCUAUACAACUACGCCGCCAAAAUCCUCAAAUGGCCAAGUGGCUUCGACGUUGGAUGUACCAAAUGGCCGUUCAAGAUACAUCCUCAACUGGGCCUUUGGGCGAUGGACUUUUACCCAAGUCCCGUCUCCUUCUGCUAUGUCCACACCCGUGGCAUCAGAAUCUACUACGCCGCUUGCUUCCGGACAAACCACACCAUCGAGCGAAGAGCCUGAGCUUCGGUUGACUGUCAUCACUGCCAGAUAUGAGUCCAAUCAGUUCAGGAAGCUUAUCGAAUCCAGAGGUUUCGUCGCGCUUACAAACGACGCGACGAGUACACUUGAUGUGCAAAAAAUAUUAUAG